AUGAUGAAAGAUGAGGAUAGAAUGGAAAAUCAUGGUCUUAUUACAUUAGUAUUCUCAUAUCUUCAAACAUGGCAUCAAACAAAAAGCAAUCGAGGUAAACAUAAACAGUUAAUUUUGAAUAAACAUAUAUUGACUGUGAAACAAUAUAUCACUGCAAGAGAUUGUGAAAGAAAAGUAUUAAUUGCCUUGGAAUUUUUUUUUAAUAAGCUCAAACAAAGAGGACCAACAGAAGUUGAAAUGAUGACAAUGUUGUUACAAUUAUUUUUCGAUCAUCAUUGUAUUUCAAUGCCUGAAAUAAUCGAUUGGUAUUCAAAUGAGAAAUUUAUCGAUCAACUCAUUGGUCAAAAAGUUGAUAAAUGUUGGGCCGAACCUUUUAUCAAUCAACAUGGCUAUUCGAUCAAAUUUACGAAUCCAGCAGUAAAUGAACUAAUAAAUUCAAUUCCAAGUUCACCUAGAACCUCGUCAGUAAGUACAGAACAAAGUUCAACUCAAUCUAAUUGGAAAACGCCUCAAUAUGUUCGUAUUCGUAAACCAUUUAAAAACUUGGUAAAAUUUUUUAAAAAUCUAUCUGAUACAAGUGAUGUAACAAUUCAUCAAUAUGUCGAAGUAUGGUAUUCAUAUAAAGGUUAUAUCAAUAUCUAA